AUGGUCGCGAUACGCGUACCGCAGGGCUCUCUCCUGCCGCACAGGCUGGGACAUGUUAGCGCUUUUCCCACGUCAUCGCGCUUCCCAUCAUGCAACCGAAAGUCGUCAUCUUUCAAGCCUCGCUCCAUUCUCCAGGCCGUAGCGCCCCAGGCGCAGUCGCAGGCGAGCGUCGCAACGGUCGUCGACCAAUCAAGGAACGGCAGCGGCGACGGGAAUGUGAGCGACGGGCCUUCCGGCGACUCGGAGUUGGAGGCGCGGCGGAAGCAAUGGGAGGCAGAGCGGCUGCGGCUGAUUAAAGACGCGACGGCCGCCGCGGUUUCGUCGUACGAGGAGCGCAUCGCGCGGAUCGAGGUGGAUCAGACGGCUGAGAUCGCGACGAUGCGACGCGUGGCGGAGAUCGAAGGACAGGUCAUGCGACGACAAUCGCAGGAAAUGGCGGGAUUGAGGGAUGAAAUCGAGGCGCUCACUAACGAGUUGGUUCUGACAAAAGAGGUCACGGAGCACGUGAUAAAGCAGCGCAGCCGCCGCGAGGAGGAGCUUGCGGAGAUUAAAGCGCAGAUCGCGGCGCAGGCUAAGAAGGUCGAGGAGGAAAGGGCGCUUUACGCGGGCGCGCGGAAGGCGCUAGCCGCGGAGUGGGGGAAGGUGCGCGAGACGAGUUCUGAGUUGGAGCGGAGGCGGGGGGAGGUGGAGGAGGAGAGGGGGAAGCUGAAGGCGGAGGUUGCAAGGGCGGAGGCGGAGGAGGGGGAGGCGGAGGAGGAGAGGCGCGCCGAGGAGUGGGCGCGGCUGCAGGGGGAUGUGAGUAGAGCGGAGGAGCUGCAACGGAGGGAGCUGGAGGAGCAGGGGGGAGGGGAGGGGCGGGAGGCGCGAGGGUACCAGGCAGGGGAAGCGAUGGGAUCAGAGACGGCUGUUUGGCUGUCUGCUGCUCUGGAGGGGUAA